UUUUGAUCUGGUUGUUUCAGUAUGCUGUUGUGGAACUUCUAGUGGGGAACAAACAUGUCACAGCGCCUGCUCUGGUCAGCUGGCUUCGUAGUGUCGAAGUUAGUGUUGAUGAUGAAAAAGAGCGUUUCAAGGCCAAGAAAUGCUUGUGGCCACCCAAGGAGUCAACGGUUAUGGAUUGUCUUGUCCAAAAGAAGCGUCCAAAGGAUGGAUGGAAGAUUUUCAGAAAAGUUCGCAUUUUCACAUUUUGUAAAACUCUGGCCUCUGCAAAGUCUUUAGCUGAUAAGGCAGCGUUCACCAGUGAUGUCAACGAUGACGAUGUUGGGCCUAGUGAUGGAAAGAGAAGCAGGAAGCAAACUUCUUUCUAUAGUCAGGACCAGCAUUUCGGAGACGAUGAUGAGAGACCUCUUAAGAUGCUCAAACUAAAUGGAGGUAACAAUGUUAACCUCUUUGGACCUGGUAGUCCUUCAACCCAUUCGGAUUGUUCAAAAUCACCAGCCUCAAGCCCACUCAGCACAUCAACAGCACUGUCACCACCAUCAUCCCCUGCUGAUGAGCUCGAGGUUCGGUCCAAAGGCGUCACUCCAUCAGCAUCCAAAGGCGUAACUCCAUCAGCAGCUUCGAAUUUGCAAGUUAAUACAGGUACAACUCCACAUCAAGUGGCGUCAGCCACCAGAGAAGCUAAGACUCCAGCUGGCAAUCCUCCAGUCAACAGUAGAUUCCUCACUCAUUUUGUUGAAAUGAGAAAUGAAGUACAGGAGUUGAAGAAAAUGAUUCUUAAAAUCUACAUCGUGACCUGUGGACCCCAAGAGGGCUCAUCAGAUAUUCAAUCUGUUCCCAAUGUCCCGAUAAAGGACUUCACUGACUACUCCAAAUUUUCCACCCUCUGCUCGAAAGAGGAUGGAAAGCUUGGAAUGGUCAAAUAUUUAACAGAGGCGGGGCUUAAUGAGCUUAGGGAGACAGUUUUUGCCAUGUUAAAGAAACUAAUGAGCAACGAGUUUGCAAUGAACUUCAAUCUGACUGGUGUUAACCGAAAGCAAACAAUUUCAAAGAAGAAAUUUGAUGGAACUGCACCAUUUAUUGUUCUAAAAGCAGCAGUCAAGCUACAUUCCAAUGCUCUGAAAGCUAGAGGUGCUGAUUCCAGGCACACAUACAACUCGGCUGAAUUUAGAGGGGCGGUCAGUGAUUGGCUAAAAGAUGCAAAGAAGAGGUCUGAGAAUGAAAUGGCCAGGAAGCGGAAACGGCUUCAACAGCAGCAGGCAACAAGUGACGAUGAACAAGUCUGAACAAGUCAAGAACAAGUCUUAUGCCACCACUGUAUUUUAUAAUAUGUAUUUCUAACUGACUGUGAUUUUAAAUUAA